CGAAUUCGAGAUAACGCGCGCAAUUUAUUUCGAUACUUGAACGCGAUGCCUUGAGAGCGUGAAUUUUCAUCGUGAUCGCGUCACAAGAUUUCUAAAAAGUACGCGCGCCAAAUCACCAAUUCUACAUGACUGUUUAUCGUAUCCUCCUCCCCUCUUGCCGUUGUUGUUUCCCAACUCCGCCGAUGCACUUAUGACAGUUGUUACACGCGGGGAAUGGAAAGCCAAUCGAGCGCAGAAGGACCGAGAGAGGACAAUGAUCAAUACUUUCAUGGUCGAUUAAGACAGCAGUAACAGUUCGUUAGAAGGUGCACGCGUCUUUACCUCCAUCAGUGUCUCGAACGCUUACUCACCCAGAGGUUAAGUUCCAGUUUUUACUUUUUCCAAUUUAGCGGCUUGCCCGUCAAAAAACCUCAUAAAGGAUAGGAGCGCAUAGCGAGUACGAGCUCUGGUUUUCACACUUCCAAAAAUCGAACGCGAAAAGUCACGGAUCUUCGAGAUCAUUUUUGAACGAUGAAAAGACUAUAGAGGUCAACGUGUACAUUUGGAUUUAAAUCAAUCAUUCGAUUGCGUGUGCGUGUAUGUGCGUGUAAAUAAUUCUUUACAUUCUCUCAUUGAGACAUGUGAGCUGUUGUCGAGACAGAAUUUUCAUGUAAAAUAUAUAAUCUUGUGAUAGGUCACAUUAUUAUUAUUUAAAAAGAAAGGAGUUUAGGGAAUACAUGAGUUGUGCCUAUCAAAAAGUACAAUAUUUUUUCCUUUUUUUUUUAAAUUUAAAAGUACUGUUAUUGCCAUAACAUUUUGUUAUGCUAGCGAGUUGAACACAUGUGCAUCACUGUUAUUUUUUUUUUUCGCGCGCAUGCAAAAUCUUACGGAAUCCGAUUGAAAUUCCGAUAACUUACGAAGAAAUUUCAUGUAAUAUUCAUUUGCAUAAUAUCAUAAUGUUUUACAAAUUAAUGUGUCAUUAUCAUCCAUAUGCAAAGUGACGUGAUCAUGCAUUUAUUUUUAUCGAGGUGUGAUAAAUUUCUUAUAUAAAAUUUCUCAUAGUUAUUUAUCGUGUCAUCUGAUAGUUUAGGCUUUUGUUGUGAUUCGGAGUAUUCGGAAGUUUUCUAUAUUUCUGGGCAAAACCUAGAGCUUCAUCAACAGCGUCAGCGAUAUUUCAUUAGUCAAGAAUGGCGAUGCAAAAGAUGAGAAGACAAGGGCAAGACGUCAUGCAGGUGAAUCUAGCAGGUAUUAGGCGAGAUAUUAUGAAUCUUGCCCAUAACUACAGCAAUGCCCAGAAAGCUGUACGAAAAGCUACCAGCAAUGAUCCUUGGGGUCCAAGUAGUACACUUAUGGCAGAAAUUGCCGACUUAACAUACAAUGUUGUAGCAUUUACGGAAAUUAUGCAAAUGCUAUGGAAAAGAUUGAAUGAUCAUGGGAAAAACUGGCGACAUGUAUACAAAGCCUUAGUUCUCUUAGACUAUCUUAUCAAGACGGGAAGUGAAAAAGUAGCACAACAGUGCAAGGAGAAUAUUUUUGCCAUUCAAACCUUAAAAGAUUUUCAAUACAUGGAUGGGCAUAAAGAUCAAGGAAUUAAUGUGCGAGAAAAAGCAAAACAAUUAGUGGCCUUAUUAAAAGACGAUGAGAGAUUGAGAAAUGAGCGAGCUAGAGCAUUGAAGGCAAAAGAAAGAUUUGCACAAUCAGUUAGUGGUUUUGGUAGUGAUGGUUUAGAUACGAUGUCACCUGUUAGCAGUGAUUUUCAAGAUUGGGAACCUUGUCAUUUAUCCGAAUCAACAACUGCAAGACGUGCAACGGAAUUGGAAGCCGCGAGACCGCAAACGGUAGGCGAAGAAGAAUUACAAUUACAACUGGCCUUGGCUAUGUCUAGAGAAGAAGCUGAGCAAGAGGAACAAAGAAGACGCAGCGAUGAUGUUAGAUUGCAGUUAGCCCUCAGUCAAAGUCAGCAAGAUUUUAAAGUCCCGCAGGGUGAAAAGCAAAGCCAUAUGCUGGAUUUACUCGACGUAAGUUUGGGAGAAGCGAGCGGCUCCUCUGUACAAACUGAUCCUUGGGGUGUCCCGAUAACAGCGCCACCACCAAGACCACAGGCGCAAAAUGACCCAUGGAGUGUUCCAACAACGAGUACAUCACCCGCGGUAGAUCCAUGGGCGCCUGUUCCUCCGCAAAGACCAAGAUUGUCAGCUGCCACUAUCGAUCCGUGGCGUGCACCUGCUCCAUCUCCUGCUACAGUCGUAUCUCCCCCUCGUACCAAUGACCCUUGGUCACCAGCUCCGUCUACUACUAUUACUACUACUACUACUACUACUACUACUACUACCGAAUCGGAGACAAACAAAAUACAGGCGGCUCAAGAUGGCAUAACAUCUUCGUCACCAUCUUUUAACAAUUCAAACUUGACUAAUAACAUCGGCUUCGCCGUAUCGUCGCCUCAAAAUAUAGGUUUCAAUUUGCCGCCGGUGUCUUCGGCCGCUACCACCUUCACCACUAGUAAUGGUUUCAAUGGCACAGGACCGAGCUUCAACAACUUUUCUACUCAAAACAACGGUAACGCCGUUGCGACUAGUCCCCUGAGCGAUUUAGAUGAAUUUGACGUAAUUACUAAUAGAGCAAAACUUGGAGCUAGUCCACAAACUGUAAACAACGGUGGUACGACAUCAGGCGAUCCCUUCGAUUUGGGUGGUAUAGCUGAAAGCCUUCCUGCCAGCACCGGUGCUGUGAAAAAGACACCACAAUCGUUUUUAGGUGAAAACUCUGCGCUCGUCAAUUUGGAUAAUCUUGUCAGCGCUUCGACGAUUAAGCCAUCGGCUCCUGCGCCAGCGGCAACCAUGUCAUAUUCAGCAAAUCCAUUUGCAACUGUGACGCCACCACCCCGUCCUACAAUCAAUCAGAUUCGACAGGAUCCAUGGACAGCGAAUACAACUACUACGGCUAAUCCGUUCCUCUCGUAGCCUGAUCGAUCAAUCGAAAAUUACUUCGUAAUUACUGCGCCCCGCGAAACGUGAUCCGCAGUUCUACAUGUACUAUUACGGUAUAGAUUUUGGUUAACGGUAAAAAAAAGAGAUAUAAUUUUACUUAUAACAAUUAUGUAGGCAGGGACAGACAUGGAUAAGAUCAAUAAGAGGGCGGAGGAAACAUCCCCAUCAUUUACUGAUAGCUUAAAAUAUUAUUUUUUGAUGAAUUAUAUUGCAGCACACUUACAUUGUACAAGUCUCUUACUUUUCUUUUUUUAAAAUUUUUUUUGCAUGUACUACUUGCUUCUUAAAGUUUAUUGUGGAGUAAUUGAAUAAUUAACUAGUAGAAGUGUGGCAUAUUUGUAAUUAAGUGAUGGUUGGAUGGUUAAAAGGUACAACAUAAUAAUAUAAAUCAUGUUUUAACUUUGAACGCUUAAGCGAUCCCAAGGUACGACUAGAUUUUAUAUACACUCCUUUCUCUAUAUGAUCUAUUUUCUAUGUAUGAAUCAAUUCAGGGAAAGAUUGCUCAGCAAUAUACCGCUUCACUGCUGGGAAAGAAUAUAAAGUAAUCGUUGGCAUUGAGAUCAGUUUAUGCGUUUUUGUAUACACGCGUUUUCUAUAGUAAAAAAAAAGGGAAAAAACGAGAUUGUGAGACUGUAAUCGUGAUUUGCAGAAGCAUUAUUAUAAUGAACAGAGUUCGGUUCGCUGCUUAAAAUAUAAUGAAUAGAGUUCGGUACGCUUAAAAUGUGUUGAUUAUGGUCUGUAAAAAAAA